AUGUUCGCCGUCAUUCCUGCAGCGUUACGACUCCUCAUAUCCACUCUGCUAUGGAUUGACUCACCGCCAAUAGAAUCUCCUCUACCAGAGUUACAGUUCCGAUUGCGCCACUUGCAUGGAGUUUCCAAUAAUUCCCGAACCAUCUUUGUAGACUUACCUCAAUCCUACUCAGAUUUUGCUGAAAAUUACACUGUCAGGACGCAUAAUAUACGGAGCUACAGGCCGCCGUCAUUCUCCGCAUUCUCGGACGCACGUAGAAUGUCAAGAAUAUACGGACAAAGUACUUUGCUUGCCUGGGAUGGAAUCGAGACUCGAGCUCCAAAUUCGACGCAUCGCAAUACUCUACUUACACUUGCCAAGAUGACAUCUAAUGCUUACUACGAGCCUGUAGACAAAGAGUGGUACGACAUCGGGACAGAUUGGAAUUCAACCUUCUCGUACGGUUGGGAACCGGAUUCAGAUGGAUUCAGAGGCCAUGUAUUCGUUUCUACAGAUAAAUCCACCGUUGUGGUGUCCAUCAAAGGUACCUCCGUUCCCAUUCUAGGUGGUGGCCCAACGAUGAAGAAAGACAAAUUGAACGAUAAUCUCUUAUUCUCUUGUUGUUGUGCCCGCGUCGGUCCGACAUGGUCCACUGUCUGUGGGUGUUAUCAAGGAGGAAACAAAUGUAAUUUGCCGUGCGUAGAGAAAGCCCUGAUAGAAGAUAGCUUGUUUUAUUCGGUUGGAAUAAAUCUGUAUAAUAAUAUUACAUACAUGUACCCAGACGCAGAUAUCUGGGUAAUCGGACACUCACUGGGUGGUUCCCUAGCUUCUCUAGUUGGUGUUACUUUUGGCGCUCCCGUCGUCGCUUUCGAAGCUCCUGCCGAAAUGAUGGCUGCUCAAAGGCUUCACCUUCCCUCACCUCCCUCAACUCACCAUAUCACCCACGUCUUCAACAACGCCGAUCCAAUCCCCAUGGGUGUCUGUAACGGCGUCAUAUCGACGUGCGCAAAUGCUGGGUUCGCCAUGGAAUCUCGCUGCCACCUCGGUAAAAUUAUGCGAUACGACGCAGUAGGAAAGCUCGGAUGGAGGGUGGGUGUACAAAAUCACCCCAUCUCCACCGUUAUAGAGAAUCUGUUGUCUGAAGAUUGGGAGAAGGCUGGUGAGAAGAUUGGCGCUCUGGGUCGUGAGACGCCCGAGCUGGUUGAGGAGGAUUCCGAUUGUCCGACUCAAGAAUGCUUGACGUGGACGUUUGGCGAUUUUAGAAACAACACUUUACUACAGGAACCAUAG